AGAGAUAGCUAGGCAAUUCAGCAAUGGCGGAGAGGGUGACCGCGAUGGCGUCGCAGGGCACGGUGGUGAUCUUUGGGGCGAGCUCCUGCUGCAUGUCCCACACGAUGACGGGGCUCUUUGCGCAACUGGGCGUGAGCUCUACGGUGCACGAGGUGGACAAGGACCCCCAGAGAGAGGAUCUGGAGAGGGCGCUCGCUGGCAUGGUGGGCCAAAGCCCGGCGGUGCCUGCGGUAUUCAUCUGUGGCGCCCUCGUCGGCGGCACCAGGCAGGUCAUGGAGCUGCACCUCGGCGGCCAUCUCGUGCCCCUCCUCCGCCAAGCGGGCGCCCUGUAGUCCUGAUAUGUACUUACAUACUUGUUUAUCAGUUGUACCU